AACCAUAUUUAUGCGUAACCCAACACCGUCACAUGUUCAAACAUUGGUUUGACAAUUGAAAAAAAAAAAAAAAUAAAGCAAAUAAAUCAUGCCGCCGGAGAUGCAAAUAACUAGUGACAGCGAUCUGGACAAUGUCUUGGAGGAGUUCAAUCUUCGCAAGGAGCGUAGGAACAGCGCCGGACCUGCGAAAUACACUUGCAGUAUUGAAAAAUGCGAGGCCACGUUCAAGCGCCUGGAUCAACUGGAUCGCCAUGAAUACCACCAUACGGGAAUUAAGAAGCACGCCUGCUCCCACGAGGGCUGCGAUAAAACCUAUUCCAUACUCACCCAUUUGAAGCGGCAUUUGCGAAGCACCCACGAGCGUCCAGAGGCGGCCCAGAAAACAGUCAAGUGCUCGCUCCCGGAGUGCUCCAAAAUGUUUACUUCGUCCUGCAAUAUGCAGCGGCAUGUGCGCGAGGCCCACGAAAAACCCAGGGUCUAUCCCUGCGAGCACUGCCCGGCGAAGUUUUCACAGAAACUAAAACUUAAACGUCACGAAAUCAAGGAGCACACCCAGGACUAUCCGUUUCGCUGCCAGAAGUGCACCCGUGGAUUCUACCAGGAGUGGCAGCGAGAGAGUCAUCAGGGCACUUGCAAGCUCUAUGCGUGUCCUGCGUGUCCACUUAAGUUCGACAAGUGGACUCUGUAUACCAAGCAUUGCAGGGACACGUUGCAUGGCAAGAACCGGUAUAAGUGCGACCAGUGCGACAGAUGCUAUGACAAGCCCAGUGAUCUCAAGCAACACAUCGAAGCCAAACAUAAGACAGCGGAGGGCUCCGAGUUCACCUGUCCGGAGGAGGGGUGCUCGAAAAGCUACUCCUACGAAAGGAAUCUCCGCCAGCACAUGCUGACUGCUCAUUCAGGUCGGCGUUUCGAGUGUCAGGCUCUGGACUGUGGUCGCUGCUUCAGCAGUGCCCAGAACCUAUCGAAGCAUGUUUUACGCGAUCACCAGGAUGGGCAGACCAACAAAGAAACAGUUGCACACAAAAAAGAGGAAAGUCCUGGAAAGAAGUCAAAUCCUCGCAAACGCAGGCGUGACGCAGGUCGUCCUAAACAUUCCAGACUCUCAAAACUAGCCUGCCUGCAGCUGGGCAAGGAAGAGGAUUUAGCUGUAAGAGAGCGUCAGCCUUUGGCACUCGAAAAAGUAACCCAGGAACUAGAGAAAGGCCCCCAGGAAUUGGACAUUGUUGACCUGUAAAUAGGAGCCCAGGAAAAGGUUAAUGGCACUGAAUGCAACUGAGACCUUAUAGAAAAACUGCCGGUUUAGCCACUUAAA